CCCUGAUUUCACCAUUGAUUUAUGACUCUGACUCACCAGAAGCCUACAGCUCGACCUUAGGCGACACCAUGACAUGCAAGAGUAACAUGAUGGAAGAGCUCAGCGAGAGGUUCCCAGAGCUGAUUGCAGUGGUGCCGUGUUUGUGGCUGUCAGGCCUGGCCUCUCACUAACGUCAUCCACGUGUAAUCCAGAGCAGCAUGAAGCCGGCUCACGAGCGCAAUCAGGAAUGCCUCCCUCCAAAGAAGCGGGACCUUCCGGUUAACAAUGCUUCCACCGUUCCUAAUAACAACAACAGCAGCAGUAGCAGCAGCAGUAGUAAUACCGGAGGAGGAGGAGGAGAUGAAGCGACAACAUCGCAGAGCUCUGGCGCGAGUGGAGACGCUCAAGGUGGAAGCGGAAGCGGCGAAUGGGUCCGUACUCAACCGAACCUACAUUACGGAGUGGAGGGGUUGAAGAGCAUCGCUCCGGGAUUACCUGUGGAUCAGUACAGCAUGCUGUAUGAAAUCGCAGUCCCAUCAGUCACCAGUCCCCACGCCGUGCUGGGUCACAUCUCUCCAGCCUAUACGGUUCCUUCACCGCUCCUCCCACACACUGGAAUCCAUUACCCUCCUCUCGGCUAUGCUCCGAUCCCACAGUUCGUCAGCCCUCAGUACGCUGCUGCCGUUCCCUAUGCAGUCCCGCCAGGAUUUGUCCCUAGCCCCUUGAUAUCUGCUCAGUCUCACCUGGUGCCCUAUCCUUCUAUCAUCCAGGAAGGCGUUGUCUCAUCCCCACCUCAGCAGCAAGUUUCGGCUCACGCCUACGCUAAGGUUGCGGCUACAGGAGGCGUCCCGUUGGUGCUGGCAUCUGAGCAGGUGACGGCGUCUUCCUCCUCCUCCUCUUCUUCCUCGCAGCAGCCCCUCGGUGCCGUCGGGAUGAUUCCCACGGCUGAGCGUGUCCCCGUCUUCUACCACCCGUCGGCCAGCGACCGAGCCGUGCAGCCUCAAAGCGGCUCGAUGGAGCAGGACCGAGAGGUGAACGGAGGAGAUCGGGAAAAUGGCAGGGAGUGCCUGCAGGAUGUGGUUUACGUUGCCAGAAACGUAGCAGCGCGGCCGCAGCAAAGCACAGCGAUGGAGCUGCAGGAGCGGAGGAUCUGCAGGCAGGAAGGAAGAGCGUCACCCGGCCAGCGCAGCACUCCAGACACGGACCUGGAGGUCCAGCAAGUGGUGGGUCGUCUGGCGUCUCCGGUGCGCGGUCGCAGAGAGGGAGCACACGGCUCGUCUCAGAGCAGCAGAGAGGUUCAGGGGGAGAGCAGGACGGUGUACACGACGCAUCCCGCCAGCCAGCUAGACCCUCGAGUCCCACCUCAUCCUCAUCUUCAGCAGACAGCACAGCCUGGUCAUACGGUGAUCCUGCCGAACGGGCAGCCGGUCCUCAUGCCCCUGGACUACCAUCCUCAUCCUCAGCCUAAUAAUGACACUGCUGCUGAAACGCCACAACACAAAAUGUCAGAUGCCUCAGGUGUGGCUGAGCGGGUGGCGGCAAUGGAGCUGCCCGCUGUCCCAGGAGUCCCGGCUGUCCCUGCCGUACCGCCUCCCUCACACUUCACCAAGGGCGCCAUCAUCCAAUUAGCAACGGGUGAGCUGAAGCGUGUGGAGGACCUGCAGACGCAGGAUUUCGUACGCAGCGCUGAAGCGAGUACUGGGCUCAAGAUCGACUCGAGCAUGGUGGUGGACAUCCGUGCGAGCUCGCAGAGGCCCGGCCUAGUCGCGCUACGCUUUGCCGUCGGCGAGCGCCAGAGCAAAGUGAGCAUCGACGUUCCUCCCGAGCAUCCGUUCUUCGUGUUCGGUCAGGGCUGGUCGUCCUGCAGCCCGGAACGCACCGCCCAGCUCUACGGCCUCACCUGCCACCACCUCCAAGUGGGCGACGUCUGCGUCUCCAUCACCCUUCAGCAACAUUCGACGCCCCACCAAAAACCGCCAUCGGUUUCCCAGCAGCCGCAGCAACCGACACCCAGCAGGACUUCCACCAAAGCCAACUCGACAUCAGGAGCCUCCUCCAGCCAGCCUAUGGGACCUCCGGCACCUCAGAACCCACGGCCUCCGGCUCAGCUCAGGAUGGAGCGCGUUCACCGAGACCGGGCUGACAAGGAAGAGCCCUUAAAGCUGAGCGCCUCGGGACAUGGAGACGUGCCCUCCAGACCCGACAGGACUUCGGCGGAGCAUACGCGCAGCCAGAGCGGUUAUUAUUUGCACACUGAGGCCCACGGGCCCUCGCAGAGGCGUUGGUCCACCCCUGGUUUCCAAAGAUACCCCAUCAAGAGGGAGGAGGGAGGUCUAGCCGCACCGCCGGGUUCCUCUCGGCCCUCGUUCAUCCCUCAGGAGGUCAAACUAUCCAUCGAGGGGCGUUCCAACGCCGGGAAGUAGCAACAGCAGAACGCAAGACGCAUGGGGCAAGAGGGGGGGAGGAAAGUGUCAGAGAUGUAUGUGAAAAGAAAAAGAGAGAGAAUGUAGCCUAAGAAUGUUUUUGUUUUCUUUUGAGAUUUUGCACAGGAAAGAUUUUAUACACACACACCCUUGUUUUUAGGCAGCCCGAGAGCACUCGGGGCGAGUUAGUGCCAGUUCGUAACGAUGGCAAGACCGCCGACCAUCUGGACUAACGGCUCCAGCUGGUAAAUUAUCUACCAAAGCCUUUCACGCUCUGUAAGUCACUUACAGACGGAAUAUCAUGAGUUAGAACGUUCGCAGCUCUUUGAAUUAACGUGUAUUGAAGGACGUGACGGUGGAGGGGGGGAUGAGGUGCAGCCAUAGGAUGUUCAUAAUUAUGCCUGUUUUCCU